AGUACCACGGCCACUCCUCCACGACACUCGCUAGACUCCCUCUCUGCUUCAAUUCCACGGCCGCGCCGCACACACCACUUGCACUUACUCGUUUAAUACUGCUGCUGCUGCAUGGGCUGCUGCUAACCGCUGCUCCACCCGCUCGACCAUGGGAAAGUGGCGAUAUGGCGUGGUCCUCGACGCUGGCUCCUCGGGGACGCGCGUCCACAUCUACCGCUGGCUGAACAGCGACGCCGCGCGCAAGGGCGCAACCGACGCCCAGCUGCACGGCCUGCCCGUCAUUGAGACGGACAAGAAGUGGACCAAGAAGAUCCACCCCGGCGUCUCGACCUUCGGCGAGCACCCGCACGACGUCGGCCCCGACCACCUCGACAAGCUGCUCAGCCAUGCCCUCAAGCACAUCCCGCCCGACGACGUGCCCAACACGCCGCUCUUCCUGCUCGCCACCGCCGGCAUGCGCAUUCUGCCGCCGGUGCAGCGCAAGGAGGUGCUGAAGGAGGUCUGCGACUACGCCCGCAAGAACACCCAGUUCCAGCUGCCCGACUGCGACGUCCACGUGCAGGUCAUCCCGGGCGAGACCGAGGGCCUGUACGGCUGGAUCGCCGCAAACUACCUGCUGGGCGGCUUCGACAAGCCGCAGGACCACGCCCACGGCAAGGACCACAGCACGUACGGCUUCCUGGACAUGGGCGGCGCGUCUGCGCAGAUUGCCUUUGCGCCGAAUGCGACCGAGGCCGAGAAGCACGCCAACGACCUGACCCUGAUGCGCCUGCGCACCGUCGACGGGACCCCGCUGGAACACAAGGUCUUUGUGACGACGUGGCUGGGCUUCGGCGUCAACCAGGCGCGCCAGCGCUACGUCAAGGCUCUUCUCGAUUCGACGGCGUCCAAGGAGCUGCCGGACCCGUGUCUGCCUGCUGGGCUGGAGGUGGAGGUCACAAAGGAGGGCAAAUUCAUUGAGCUGGACUCGGACGACGAGGAUGACGACGAGGAGGAGCCUGCUGCGAAGCUGCACGGAACCGGCAAGUUCCAGGAAUGUCUGCACCAGACCUUUCCGCUGCUGGAGAAGGAGAAGGAGUGUUUGGACGAGCCCUGUCUGCUGAACGGACAGCACGUACCCGCCAUCGACUUCGACGUCAACCACUUUGUCGGCGUUUCCGAGUACUGGCACACCACGCACGAGAUCUUCGAGGGCAAGCACAAGGACAAAGCCUACGAUUUCAAGACCUACCAGGAGCGCGUGAGCGAGUUCUGCAACCAGGACUGGAAGCACAUCCAGAAGGGCAUCGACAAGCACAAAUGGGGCAAGAAGGUGGAUGAAGAGAAGGCGCGCGAGGUGUGUUUCAAGGCCUCCUGGAUCAUCAACAUGCUCCACGACGGUAUCGGCGUACCGCGCGUCGGCAUCGAGCCGCUCCCCGACUCGAAGAACACCACAGCUGUUCUUGACUCUGCAAAAGCAAAGGGCUUCCUCGAUCCCUUCCAGGCCGUCAAUAAGAUCAACGACGUGGAAGUGUCGUGGACGCUGGGCAAGAUGGUGCUCUAUGCCUCGUCAGAAGUUCCUCCGCCGGAUGAGAAAGCGCUCGCAGUCGGCUUUGGGUCCAAUGCCCCUGGUAUCCCCAAGGACUUCCAAUACCCCGGCGGCUCGUACCUCCCCUGGAAACACGACCCGCUCGACGACGACAACUGGCACCGCCUGUUUGUCGAAUAUCCCAGCCGCAUCCCCGCGCUCCUUGUCUUCGUCGUCAUCAUCGUCGUGAUCUUUGGCAUCAUCCUCGGCAAAGAGAAGCGCGCAGCCGUGCGCAAAUACGUCGUCGCGCUCUUCAAGAAACCCGGCAAGACCCACACGCCCCUCAAAGGCAAGCGCCGCGGCUUCCUGCCCAGCAAGCUCUUCGGCCUGGGCGGCUCCGGCGGGCAGACGUACGAGCGCGUCGACGCGGGCGAAGACGGGCUAUCCCACAACGACUUCGAGCUCGAGGAGACGUACCUCGACAGCUCCGACGACGACCGCCACUUCUCCGACGACUCGGAGGGCUCGCGCGUCGGCCGCACCAGCGGCUGGGCCACGCCGCAGAUCAAGAAGUCCGCCGAGCCCCUCACCCCGGGCUACUUCGCGGCCCAGGACGUCGUGGGCGCGGGCCAGGCGCUGGGCCUCGCGCCGCUCAAUGCGAUUGAGCGCGGCGGGCUGCUGGCGCGGACGGACAGUCGCGAGCGGAUCCGCAGUCGGGCGAGCAGUCCGAAGCGCGCGCGCAGCAAGAUGGGGAGUCUGGACGAGUGAUGAUGUGUUUGUUGUUCGCUGCAUGGGAUGGUGUACGGUGUUAGGACUGGUAGAUUCACGCAUUCUUGGGCACGGCGUUUGAGAUAAGGA